GUACCCCCCCGGAACCCCGCCCAACCGCCGCUCCGCGUAGGUACCCCCCCGGAACCCCCCCUGCGUAGGUACCCCCCUGGAACCCCGCCCAACCGCCGCUCCGCGCUGGCACGCGUGGGCAAGGUGGGACCAGUGAUCGGCCAGUACGUGGACUCGCAGUGGAGCCUGGCCAGCUUCACGGUGCCAGCGGAGUCGGCCUGCAUCUGUGCCUUCGGCCGCAGCUCCGCCAAGACCGUCAACUCUGUCAUUGCAAUCUGCGUGGACGGCACCUUCCACAAAUACGUCUUCACGCCCGAUGGCAACUGCAACCGCGAGGCCUUUGACGUCUACCUGGACAUCUGUGACGACGAUGACUUCUGACCCCCCUUGCACCAGGGCCCCCACCCGAGGCCGGAAUCGUGGGGGGGUGAUGGACUUCCAGCCAUGGGAACAUUAAACUCCAGUUGUGAGAUCCACCACCCCUCCUGCUCUCGCCUGGCACUGAAAUGCAGCCACCUCCGGGGUGGGGCAACAGCUGCACGUAACAUUGCACUGGAAGGGCUCACCCAGUGCUGAGCUGCAGCUCAGUUUGAAACAGCUGGGGCAUGACAGGAAUCGAAUCCAGAGCCCCUGGUUUCACACUCAGCUGGCUGGAGGGGAAAUAGCCUGGCUUCUACCCUCUGCUGCUGUUCCCUUCACCUACAGGCACGGACACACCCCAGCCUCAGUCGCAUUGUAAUACGCUGUAACCCCCACCCCCAUUUACCACUUACGUAUGAUUAUAUUUUGUACAAAGUA